UUAACUUUUCUACUUACAUUUUUUUCCUUCUCUCACCGAAAAUGACAGUCUGUUUUUAAAAGUUAAUUGAGGACAAUCAACGGUUUUUGCUCUCUCAAGUUUUCCCUCUCUUUAUUUCUUCUGCUUUUUCAAGGUCUUUCACCAAUGGAAAAAGAGAAGGAACUACCCAAAAUCAAGAGGAAAGAAUUAGGCCUCUCUUGCAUGCUCAACACCGAAGUCGGCGCGCUUCUAGCCGUCAUCCGUCGGCCGUCUGAUCCCAAUUCCCACUACCUUGGAUCCCCGGAGGAGUCCCAAGACAAUGGCAUUCUCCAAUCAUUAAAAUCCCUGCGAGCUCUCAUCUUCAACCCUCAACAACAAUGGUGUACCAUCGACCCUUCGCUCUACCUCUCACCCUUUCUCGACGUAAUCCAGAGUGACGACAUCCCCGCCCCCGCCACUGGUGUUGCCCUCUCCGCCCUCCUUAAAAUCCUCAAGUUUGAAAUUUUCGACGUAAAGACACCCGGUGCGGCUGAGGCCAUCGCUGCCAUCGUUACCACCAUUACCAAUUGUAGGUUAGAGAAAACUGAUCCCAUUUCGGAAGACGCUGUUUUGAUGAAGAUCUUACAAGUUUUAUCGGGGAUCAUGAACCACCCUGCCUCGGCUCUGCUCACUGAUCAGGCUGUAUGUGUACUCGUCAAUACUUGCUUCCAGGUGGUUCAGCAAUCAGCGGGCCGGGGAGAUUUGCUCCAACGGAGCGCCAGAUACACCAUGCACGAGCUUAUCCAGAAAAUCUUCUCCAAAUUGCCUGAAAUUGAGGUUAUCGAAGCUUCUGAAUUCGACAUCGAUGAGGGGGAAGAACUCGGCGGGGAAUUUGAAUCGGGUUAUGGAAUCCGGUGUGCUGUGGACGUGUUUCACUUCUUAUGCUCUUUGCUAAAUGUGGUGGAGUUGGUGGAAACAGAAGGAUCUACUAUGCAUACAGCUGAUGAAGAUGUGCAACUUUUUGCUCUGGUUUUGAUCAAUUCUGCGGUGGAGUUAAGCGGUGAUGGAAUUGGGAGACACCCAAAGCUUCUUAGAAUGGUCCAAGAUGACUUGUUCCACCAUUUGAUACAUUAUGGCACUUGUUCCACCCCACUUGUUCUCUCCAUGAUUUGUAGUACAGUCUUGAACACCUAUCAUUUUCUUCGCAGGUUUCUUCGCCUCCAAAUAGAAGCCUUCUUCACUUUUGUGCUUUUAAGAGUUUCGACAACACAAGGAGUUCCGCCCCAACUCCAAGAGGUUUCAAUCGAAGGGAUCAUAAACUUUUGUAGACAGCCAACAUUCAUAAUCGAAGUCUAUGAAAACUACGACUGUGAUCCUCUUUGCCAAAACGUUUUUGAAGAGAUUGGGAAGUUGCUUUGCAAGCAUUCAUUUCCAGUGAGUAGUCCUUUGACCUCUUUAAAGAUCCAAGCAUUUGAAGGACUAAUGAUUAUAAUUCACAACAUCGCAGACAACAUAGAUCGACAAGAUGAUUCCAUCCCUUUCGAGCCUUAUCCAGUUGAAAUUUCAGAGUUCAGACCCUUUUGGGAAGACAAACCCGAAAACGAUACAAUGAAUUGGGUUAACUUUUUAAGAUUUCGAAAAGCUCAGAAGAGAAAAUUAUCUGUCGCUGGGUACCAUUUUAACCGUGAUGAGAAGAAAGGUUUAGAGUACUUACAACUUUCCAAAUUGUCCCCUGAUCCUCAUGAUCCAAAAGCCUUGGCUUUCUUUUUUCGGUACACUCCAGGAUUGGAUAAGAGCUUGGUUGGAGAUUUUCUUGGUGACCCUGAAAUCUUUCACCUUCAAGUUUUGAAAGAAUUCACUGAAACGUUCGAAUUUUCAAGCAUGAUUCUUGAUCAUGCUCUUCGAACUUAUCUUGAGACGUUUCGAUUACCUGGAGAGUCCCAAAAGAUAACCAGAAUCCUUGAAGCAUUUUCUGAUAGAUUUUAUGAACAACAGACUUCAGAUAUUUUUGCAAGCAAAGAUGCAGUUUUUAUUCUUUGUUAUUCUCUUAUAAUGCUCAAUACUGACCAACAUAAUCCCCAAGUGAAGAAGAAGAUGACAGAGGAAGAGUUUAUUAGGAAUAACAGAGCCAUCAAUGGAGGUAAGGAUCUUCCUAAGGAGUAUCUCUCUGAGCUUUUUAACUCCAUCUCAAACAAUGCAAUCACUAUUUUUGGCCAAUCUGGCCAAUCUGUUGAGAUGAAUCCAAGCAGAUGGAUUGAAUUAAUCAACAGGUCCAGAAUUAUUCAACCUUAUAAACUAAGCAGUUUUGAGGAUCAUAGACUGGGGAGAGACAUGUUUGCUAGCAUCGCCGGGCCAUCUGUAGCCACUCUCUGUGCAUUUUUCGAGCAUGCUGACGAAGAAGAGCUCCUGCAUGAAUGUGUUGAAGGUUUAUUUUCCAUAGCAAGAAUAGCUCAGUAUGGACUAGAAGAGACCCUUGAUGAACUUCUUGCUUCUUUCUCCAAAUUCACUACUCUGUUGAACCCUUAUGCUUCCGCUGAAGAAACCCUUUUUGCCUUUAGCCAUGAUUUGAAGCCCAAGAUAGCCACACUUGCAGUUUUCACCAUCGCCAAUAAUUUUGGAAACUCUAUAAGAGGGGGUUGGAAGAACAUUGUUGAUUGUUUGUUGAAGCUCAAAAGGCUUAAGCUCCUUCCCCAAUCUGUCAUCGAGUUUGAUGCUGCUUCUUUCACCACAUCAUCUGAUUCCCAGGCGACAUUUGAACCAGGCCUAAACUUCCCCCCAAAUGAUCCUAAAUUGGCAAGUCAACAACCUUCAGGCGCGGUUAGCCGUUUCUCACAUUUUCUAUCAUUAGAAAGCAUGGAAGAUUCCCUUUCCCUUGGUGUAAGUGAAUUUGAGCAAAAUCUCAAGAUUAUCAAACAAUGUAGAAUUGGAAACAUUUUUAGCAAGACUUCGAACUUGCCAGAAGAUGCUGUAAUCAAUCUUGGGCGUUCUCUAAUCUUCUCAGCUGCUGGGAAAGGGCAAAAGUUUAGUACAUCAGUUGAUGAAGAAGAAACCGUUGGCUUCUGUUGGGAUCUAAUAAUAGCCAUUACAUUGGCGAAUAUAUAUAGGUUUCAAAGUUAUUGGCAUGCUUUCAACGAUCAUCUCCUCGCGGUUGCUCAGUUCCCUACCUUUUCCCCAGUCCCAUUUGCAGAAAAGGGCAUUGUCGGCCUCUUCAAGGUUUGCCUCAAGCUACUUGGAACAUACCAACAAGAAAAAAUCCCCGAGGAGCUCAUUUUCAAGUCUAUUAACUUAAUGUGGAAGCUCGAAAAGGAAAUCCUUGAUACCUGCUGCGAGUUCAUAACGAAGUCUGUAAACAAGAUUUUGAUUGAAUUUCCUGCGAAUUUGAAGACUCAGCUCGGUUGGAAAUCAGUCCUCCACCUGUUAUCAAUUACAGGAAGACAUCCUGAAACUUAUGACCAAGGAGUUGAGACUUUGAUCAUGUUGAUAUCAGAUGGAACUCAUCUUUCAAAGAUGAACUAUACGUAUUGUAUUGACUCUGCUUUCAGUUUUCUUGCCCUCAGAAAUAGUCCACUGGAGAAGAACAUCAAGAUUUUGGACCUUUUGGCAAGCACAGUAAAUCAUUUAGUCCAAUGGUACAAAAGCCAGUGCCUAGAGCUAGCAAGUAACAAUUUUAGCACGACAAGCAACACGAGUAACUCUUCAUUCGAGGACAACUUGAGAGCUCCUAGUUCGUUGAACUUCUUUAUGAGUUUGUUCAUCAAACUAGGCGAAGCCCUAAGAAAAACCAGCUUGGCUCGGCGAGAAGAGAUAAGGAACGCGGCAGUUAUGGCUCUUCAGAAAUGCUUUAUUCUCGCUGAGGAGCUUGAAUUCACACCAAACAACUGCAUUAACUGCUUCAACCUUGUGAUCUUUGCCAUGGUAGAUGAUUUGCACGAGAAGAUGUUCGAGUACUCGAGGAGGGCAAAUGCAGAGAGGGAAACUAGAAGCAUGGAAGGAACUCUAACAAUUGCAAUGGAGCUUUUGACUGAAAUCUUUAUGAAGUUGAUGACACAGAUAUCAAACAGCCCUGGGUUUAGGACGUUUUGGUUGGGAGUUUUGAGAAGAAUGGAUACUUAUAUGAAGGCUGAUUUGGGUGAGUAUGGUCAGUCAAAAUUACCUCAAGUUGUUCCGGACUUGCUAAGAAAGAUGAUUACAGAGAUGAAGGAGAAUGGGAUUUUGGUUCAGAAGGAAGAUGAUGAUCUUUGGGAGAUAACUUAUAUUCAAAUACAAUGGAUUGCUCCAUCGAUCAAAGAUGAGUUAUUUCCUGAAGAAAGUAUUUGAUAGCUAUUAUUAAAUGUAAAGAAAAAAGCCAGUUUGAAUACUAGUUUCUAAUUUCCUUUUAUAUAUGCAUUGUACGAAAAACAAAAAUAAAC